CAUGCACAAGGAUAUGGGUUAGAUCCCUAGCACCAAGGUUGAAAAAAAGAUGGACGGUUGAGAUUAUGGUCUGACAUUGGUUCAUUUGACUUACCUAUCACAGGUAAUUCAGCAGGCCUUGCAUCGGCCCCCCAGUUCAGCUGCUCAGUACCUUCAACAAAUGUAUGCUGCACAGCAGCAGCACCUGAUGUUGCACACUGCAGCUCUUCAGCAGCAGCAUUUAAGCAGCUCCCAGCUCCAGAGCCUUGCUGCUGUUCAGGCAAGUUUAUCCAGUGGAAGACCAUCUACAUCCCCUACAGGAAGUGUCACACAGCAGUCAAGUAUGUCCCAGACAUCUCUGAUUUUCACACCCGCUACCACUGUGGCUGCUGUACAGUCUGACAUUCCUGUUGUCUCGUCGUCAUCGUCAUCUUCCUGUCAGUCUGCAGCUACUCAGGUUCAGAAUUUAACAUUACGCAGCCAGAAGUUGGGUGUAUUAUCUAGCUCACAGAAUGGUCCACCAAAAAGCACUAGUCAAACUCAGUCAUUGACAAUUUGUCAUAACAAAACUACAGUGACCAGUUCUAAAAUCAGCCAACGCGAUCCUUCUCCAGAAAGUAAUAAGAAAGGAGAAAGUCCAAGUCUGGAAUCACGAAGCACAGCUGUCACCCGGACAUCAAGUAUUCAUCAGUUAAUAGCACCAGCUUCAUAUUCUCCAAUUCAGCCUCAUUCUCUAAUAAAACAUCAACAGAUUCCUCUUCAUUCACCACCUCCCAAGGUUUCCCAUCAUCAGCUGAUAUUACAACAGCAACAGCAGCAAAUUCAGCCAAUCACACUUCAGAAUCCAACUCAAGAUAUACCCCCAUCCCAACACUGUAUCCCUCUCCAAAACCAUAGCCUUCCUCCACCUCCCAGUAAUGCCCAGCCACAGCACUGUUCACCAAUUCAGAGCCACCCCCCUCCUGUAGCUGUGUCUCCUAAUCAUUCCCAAUCAGCACAGCAGUCUGUAGUGGUAUCUCCUCCACCAGCUCACUCACCAAGUCAGUCUCCUGCUAUUAUUAUUCAUCCACAAGCACUGAUUCAGCCACACCCUCUUGUGUCAUCAGCUCUUCAACCAGGGCCAAGUCUGCAGCAGUCUACUGCUAAUCAGGUGCAACCUACAGCCCAGCUGAAUCUUCCAUCCCAUCUUCCACUUCCCCCUUCCCCUGUCGUACACAUUGGCCCAGUUCAACAGUCUGCCUUGGUGUCCCCGGGUCAACAGAUUGUGUCUCCAACAUCACACCAGCAAUAUUCAACCCUACAGUCCUCUCCAAUUCCAAUUGCAACCCCACCACAGAUGUCGACAUCGCCUCCAGCUCAGAUUCCACCACUGCCCUUGCAGUCUAUGCAAUCUUUACAAGUGCAGCCUGAAAUUCUGUCCCAGGGCCAGGUUUUGGUGCAGAAUGCUUUGGUGUCAGAAGAGGAUCUUCCAGCUGCAGAAGCUUUGGUCCAGUUGCCAUUUCAGACUCUUCCUCCUCCACAGACUGUUGCGGUAAACCUCCAAGUACAACCUCCAGCACCUGUUGAUCCACCAGUGGGAAUGCAUUUGAGCCAGUGUCAUCUGCACAAAGUUUUUUCUCUUAAGGUUUAUCAAGUAGAAGACAUGUGUGAAGAAGAAAUGCCAGAAGAGUCAGAUGAAUGUGUCCGGAUGGAUAGAACCCCACCACCACCCACUUUGUCUCCAGCAGCUAUAACUGUGGGGAGAGGAGAGGAUUUGACCUCUGAACAUCCUUUGCUAGAGCAAGUGGAAUUACCUGCUGUGGCGUCAGUCAGUGCUUCAGUAAUUAAAUCCCCAUCUGAUCCCUCACACGUUUCUGUUCCUCCACCUCCACUCUUACUUCCCGCUGCCACCACAAGGAGUAAUAGUACAUCUGUGCCUAGUAGCAUCCCCAACAUGGAAAACAGGCCUCCCCAGGCUAUCGUGAAGCCACAGAUCUUGACCCACGUUAUUGAAGGCUUUGUGAUUCAGGAGGGAUUGGAGCCAUUCCCUGUAAGUAUAAGUGGGAAGCACUUUGUGUUUUUAAAAUUAUUAUUAUCUAGAUAGAGGUUUACAACAGUCUUGUUCUCUAAGAAAAAGCUUUUAAUUUUAUUUAAAAAAUU